AUGAAGUCACUGAAAUUUAUGGAAAACUUCAUUAGUACAGUGCCAUUCAACAUGUGGCAAAAUAUGGCAAAACUGAAGAGGGAGCUUGAAGAUCACAUUGAUAUGCCAGAACAAAAAGCGGAAAAAUUUUUUGAGAAUCUUCAAUUGGACAUUAUGAUUAUGGCAGCGGAAAAGGAUAUAGCAACGGAUGAAGUUGAUUCCGUGAAGCAAGCUUUGAUGAAUCAACAGAUGAUCACGCAACAUUUGAAAAAAAGAAACGAAUAUUUGGAUGAUUUGGAAGAGGCAAACGAGAGGAUCAAGAUUUUGGACGAGAAACUCGACAAACUUGAAGCAAAGAUUUCAAAAACGGAGGAGUCACUUGUACAGUCUGUAAGCAUGCUGUUGGAAAAAGAUGAACAAUUGAAGACUAUCAGAAAAGAAAUGAAAAUUAUGGAUGAUGAGAGAAGUGCGUUUGACCAAGAAUUGACGCGUUUGAAAACGAGCAGACUUGAAAACGAGAAGAGCUCUUUGGCGUCCCGUGUGGAGUGCACAAUUUGCUAUCUGAGUUAUGACAAUGAAGCCAGAGUCCCAAGAGUUAUGAAAUGUGGUCACACGAUUUGCCAUACAUGUGUUGAUCGGAUCAUCGAACAGUCCUUUGGAUCUCCGAAAUGCCCAUUUGACAGAAAGAUAAUGUUCGGACUCUUCACGACAGACAAUCCAUAUAACCUACCACCAAAUCGUCAUAUUAUGGGAUAA